CAAAAGUUCCUGGUCCAAAGUCCACAAACAGCUGCAUUCUCAAGAUGAAGGAACUUACCAGCACUUGCUCCUAUAGCCAGCUCUAUCAAAAUGUCAAGCAGUUUUCAAAAAAUGGGGAAUGUUUCUUCAAAGAACUCAUGCUGGUUUUCCAGCAGAGGGCUGAGUUGGAGUUGACUUAUUCCAAAGGCCUUCAGAAACUGGCAGGAAAACUGAUCCGAGCCUCCAAAGGAAUGUCAAACAAUUCCACCUAUACUGCCUGGUGCCAUGUGUCAGAUGAGAUGUACUCAAGAGCGGAUGCCCACAGAUCAUUAGGAAAUGCAUUUCAGCAAGAGGCCAUUCUGGAAAUACGACAAGUCUCAGACGAGCAUAAUAAGAGGAAGAGGCCUCUCGACAGUGCCGUUGAAAGAAAUGGAAAACUUUUCAGUGCUAACUGGAGUGAGCAACUUAAGCUAAAGAAGAAAUUGAUCGGGCUGACAAAAGAGCACGAGGCACUGUUCAACUUUGUUGAAAACAACAAACAGAUCUGCACCGAGAAAGAAAAACAAAAGAUGCUGAACAGGCUGACUAAGUCAGCAGAACUGCAGGCGCGGGUGGACGAGGACUACUUCAAAAUCAACCUGGAGGGUCAUCAGAUGAGGCUCAAGUGGGAAAACACAUUGAAAAACUGCUACCAGAUCGUACAGGAACUGGAAAAACAGCGAAUUGAAGUUUUGGGCAACAUUUUGAGCAGAUACAACCUUCACAUGUCCAGCUGUGGGCAGACCCUCACACAUGGCCAAAGACAGAUGGAGCAGGCAGUCCAAAGGGUGGACAUAGAUAAAGACAUAAAAGCCCUGAUCGAGGAAAACAGAAUCACAGUCGAUGACAACAAAGCAGGGUUUUUGAUGGCUGAUUACUUUGAGGAAGACAGAAAAUCCCUGAUGAGCAAAGCCAGACGACAAGAUGCCAUCAGGCUCAGACUACUGCGUCUCGACAACCAUAUCGCAAAAACAAAAAAAGACUGCCAAGGAAUCGAAAAAUUGAUGAAAACAUACUCCGAAAAUCCAUCUUUCUCAAACCAAAAGAACCUCGAGGAAACCGAGCAGCUGCUUGAUGAGAGUACUUUAAAACUGGAUCUCCUUGAGGCCACCAGCUACAAACUCUCCUUAUCGCUAUCCGAAGUAGAAGGGACACCAAAGUCCUUUCACCGAUUUAGUGACAACAUACUUAAAUUGAAAGAUAAGGACUGCGAGCACAGCGUCAUUCACCUGACGCGUCCCGUCAAACUCAGGAGGUCACCAUUCAGGUCCCGGCAGUCGCUGAGAGCUUCCAUCAUUUACAGAGGACCAGUUGAGAUUCCCACGCAGCCACCUGCCGAGCCUUCACAAGCCCCUGACCAGGUCACAUCCACAACAGUGGAGCAUGAUGGCAGCACCGUUAACGGUACUCCGUCUGACCCAGGCAACGACAAAGGAAAAGAUGGAACAACACUAGAGAUUCGUUGUAUAGGAAAAUGCAAGGUCCUGUACAACUUCACACCGGAAAAUGAUGACGAAUUGCCACUGAAAGAAGGUGACCUCGUUGACCUUUGUACCAAAUCAGACAGCGGGUGGUGGUUUGGGAUUCUUAACGGGCAGAAAGGUCAUUUCCCAUCAACCUACGUUGAGGAGCUACCUGUGAUAAACAGCGCUGAAUCAUCUUAUGCCUGAACGACCUGACCAAUUAACAGAAAAGCCACAAGCCAGGGAUAAUUGCUUAUUAUAUUAUCCCAUGGCAAAAACUCAAACAGCAUCCAAGUUUUAGUUAGUUUCACAUUCUUAAAAAUAGUAAACAAAAACAUUCAUAUUAAUGCAUGCUCUUCUAACAGUCAUGAUCUCUGCUUUUAUGAAAUGCUUCAUGAAUUUCUGUUGUACUUGGAUUUUUGUAUUGAAAUAUUUCUUUAUUUAUACAACUGUGUACAGAAAAACUCAAAUAGAGAGGAAUUUGCAAUAACAUACUUUAUGACAUAUGUGUGAUUAAGAGGAAGACAAAGCUGUUGUACUCCUUUAACAUUCCAAUUAUUUACAAAAUGACAGAAAUAAAAUGGAAAAAUUGUUUA